UCUAACCUCAAAAUUUUGUUUGUUUUGAUUUUGAAGGCCGUUUUGAUUUUUUGAAUGUUUUUAUCAUAGUGGUUUUAAUGAUAUGUAUUAUAUUAUCUAAUAUUAUUUUUUAAAUUAAAUUAGCUGUGUUAAAUAAGAACCGGAAAAUAUGGAUAGAAAAAUAAGCAGAGAAGAUAUACCGUACCUGUGUUAUUUUUGUUUAGAAAAACAUAACAAUCUAAAAUUGAUUACAGACAUUCCAUCUACUAAUUUAUUCACAAUAAUUACCGGAAUAGAGCUUAGAUGUAUAACUCCAGAAAAUAUAUGUUAUGUUUGUGAAGAAUUAUUUAACAACUUUUCUGUGUUUGUCGACAAAGCAAAGCAUAAUAUUAAUUUAUUACAAACUGUAUAUGAUGAAUCUAUCAACACAGAGAAAAUACCUGUAUCAACAGAUAAUCUAACUGAAUUAAAAGACAAAGAUAUUGAUUAUUGUGUAGAGCAAGAAUCUAAUUCGAGUUAUACCAGUGAAGGUGGAAAUUUGAAUAUUAAAGAAAAUGAAUUAAUUAGAAAAAGUUUUGAUAAAAGGAAAAAAAGAAGUAAAUUGCUUAAAAACAAAAGAAACUGUUUCAAUGAUAAAAAGCAAAGUGACAAUAAACAAAAGGAGGACAACACCUGCAGUAAAUGUGAGACUACUUUCCUAUCAAGAGUAAAGCUUCAUAAGCAUUUUAAAGAGCAUCCAGAAUGUUCACAUCAUCAUUAUAACUGUUCAGAAUGUAGCAAAGUGUUUAAUCAAAGACAUAAGCUAGUCAUACAUAUGAGAAGUCACACAAAAGAAGAACCAUAUGAAUGUGAAGAGUGUGGAAAGGGUUUUCGAUUUCAGCAAAAUUUGAAAAGACAUACUCUAAUCCAUAAAGGAAUAAAGGCAUUUAUCUGUGAGAUUUGUGGGAAAGCUUUUUCCAGAGCACAAGUCAAGAACGAGCAUAUGAACAUCCAUACUGGAAAUACUCCUUAUGUAUGUACUUACUGUGGAAAAGGUUUUAAAAGAUAUGCAAACCACUUUAUACAUGUUUACCGUCAUAAAUUAAUCAAUGGUGAAGUUGACAAGACUGAGGACAAACAAUUAUAUUUGCAACUGGAAUGUAACAUAUGUAAAAAGGUGUUUGCGAGUAGAAGAGGAAUGGUCAAUCACAUGGCUUUGCAUCAAGACGAACCUAGGGAAAAGAGAUUUUUAUGCAAUGAAUGUGGAAAAGAUUUCGUCACCAAAGCUCAGUUAAAAUCACACAUCAGAACGCAUACCGGAGAGUGUCCUUACGAAUGUUUCGAUUGCGGCAAAAGAUUCCGUCAAUACAGUACCUACAAUAAUCACAAACUUACACAUUCCGGAGCAAAACCUUAUCGCUGUGAAAUAUGUGAAAAGUUAUUCACUCAAGCUGGACACUUAAAAGUUCACAUGAGAACGCACACUGGUGAAAAACCCUUUGUUUGCAACUUUUGUGAAAAACAAUUUGCUUUUAAAAGUAAUUUAAAGGUACAUAUAAGAAUACACACAGGAGAAACACCAUUUAUUUGUGCUGUGUGUGGCAACGGAUAUUAUGAUUCAACCAGCUUGAAAAAACACAUGAAAAGUCACUCUACACAAAGUAUUUCUAGUCGGAGUUCUGCAACUGAAAGUAAGAAUAAUACUGAGAGUUUAAUAAGUCCAAAUGCUCAAGCAGAAUAGUUAUUAAUUUAUGAUUAUUUAUUGAAUUUAUACAAUUUUUUAUAUUAUUUAUAUAUAAAAUCGUUAUGUCAAAUAAGUAAAAAAAUAUAUUUUUGUAAAAAAACUUCACUUUGUAACUCCUCGAUUAAUGCCACAACUGUACUCGCUGAAGAGUUAAUUUUAAACGUUUGACGCACAUUUCGCAACUAUGUAUAUUUUGAUCAUAUUAAUCAAAAUAUGAAUAUAAAAACUUGCUAAAAACAAUUAAACUAAGUUAAGUAAUUUUCUGUGGUAACAUUAAAUUUUACAAAAAUUGUAUUUAAAUUGUUUUAAAUGUUAUUAAAAAUACAAAUAGUAAUGAAUUCCAAUAAAAAUUGAAGAGUCUAGUCUAGAAUAACGUUUUGUAAAAAGUACGUAUAUGAUUAUUUUGGUGUUAAUAUACAAGGUGCCCUGAAGAGAAAAAAGAAAUUCGGCAAUCGGAAAUUCCUCAGUGUGCUAAUAAAAAAAAAUUAUUUUGACAUAUAUCAUCUUGACAUACCUUUCUUUCUUGGGGAAUUACCUCUUUUAUAAUUAGAAUGUUAAUGUCAUAUAUUUUUAAAAAUCAGGUGAAAAUUGUGAAUUAAAUAAAAGCAAUACUUAAAAUAAUGAUAAUUUAAUAAAUAAAAAAACAUAUUUAAUAAUCCUUAAAUCUAUUUUUUUAACUUUUGUUUUAUAUUUUCAAUAAAAACACCAAUAUGUACCCAUUUUAAGGAACUAAAUCAUAAAUUAAAAAAUAUAUGUAUAAAAACUUCCUGCACAAAUAUUAAAAAUUGUUUCGUUUCUAAAAUGGAUAUAAAGCUAUCUUCAACAUGAAAUCAUAGUUUAAAUAUCUUAAUUUAUGUAUUUAAAUACAUUUAUAUGGGUAUUAAAAAAUGUAACCUACUAAAUGUUUAUAAAAAUAUCCCAUUGCACAAAAUAAAUAUUAAAAACCUAUUGUAGAUAUAGACCUAUAGUAUACCCUUUACAUUAAUACGUCUUAAUAUAAAUAAAAACUUAUAAAAAUCCAAAUAAUGGAAUGGUACAUAUAACUUUAAUAAAAUAACUGAAUAAGCCACUUGAUCGAGUCUGCUCACGGUUUGUCAUGGAGGACUUCACGUCUCGCCAUGAUACUGAAGUAA